GACGUGUGGAAAACAACAAAGCAGCUGUGACGAGUAGAAGUAGAGGAGGAAGAGCAGAGGCUGGUUGCACAAGUUUGCCAGAGACACUACGCAGGGUAGAGAAUAAAAAUGGAUCAUUCUGGGAAAGAAAAGGAAGCAAUGGCUCUAGUCGCUGAAGCGGACAAGAACAUGAGAAUGUCUGGAUUGUUAUUCGGGACGUUUUUAGGAAAGUCUUCCAAGGCAGAGGAAGCCUGUGACAUGUACACGAAGGCUGCGAAUAUGUUCAAGAUGGCCAAGAACUGGCGCGCUGCAGGGGAUGCGUUCUGCAAAACUGCAAAAGUGCACUUGAAAACAAACAACAAGCACAACGCUGCUGUCAGCUUCGUCGACGCUGGAAAUGCGUACAGAAAGACUGAUCCACAAGAUGCCAUCAAGUGUUUGAGUCGGGCCAUAGAUAUUUACACAGAUAUGGGACGUUUCACCAUUGCAGCGAAGCACCACGUCACUGUAGCUGAAAUCUAUGAGUCUGAAUUACAGGACAUUAAUAAGGCAGUUGCGCAUUAUGAGCAGGCUGGUGAUUACUACAAAGGAGAAGAGUCUACAAGCUCUGCCAACAAGUGUCUUCUUAAAGUGGCGAUGUACGCGGCCCAGCUUGAAAAAUACCAAAAAGCGAUACAGAUAUUUGAGCAGAUUGGGACCUACUGCAUGGACAACACACUGCUGAAGUAUGGGGCUAAAGAUCACUUCUUCAAGGCAGCACUGUGUCACUUCUGUGUCGAUGCACUGAAUGCCAAGCUGGCCGUGCAGCGAUACGAGGAAAUGUUUCCCGCCUUCUCGGACUCCAGGGAGUGCAAACUCGUAAAGAAACUUCUUAACGCACAUGAGGAACAAGACGUCGACGCAUAUGAGAAUGCUGUUAAGGAGUUUGACUCGAUCUUACGGCUGGAACAGUGGAACACCACGAUGUUGCUGAGAAUCAAAGAGGGCAUUCAGAGGGAUGAGAGCGACCUACGCUAAUACUGUGGAGAAUAAAACUGAUUCGGAAUGAGCAGAAGGUUACAACAGUUCACUUCUUUGCUUUCUUACAUGAAUGAGCUGUUCUUAAUCCUGUGCAGAACAGCAUCGAGGGAGGUGUAAUUGACUGCUGACCUUUCGUGUCUGUUUGAAGCUGAACGCCAUGACAACUGCUUUUCGAUUCCAUGUGAUGGUUUUUACAAAUGAUUAACUAUACAUGAUUAGGGGGAAAAAAAGGGCAGUUGAAUGUGUAACACCAAACAUUUUUAAUUAAACGUUACUUUACAUCACUUUACAUCACCAGAUCUUUCUGGACAUCCAUUCCUUCACUAGCAGUAUUGUGAUACGUAGUUAUUAAUAGCUAAGUAUUUAUUUAUUUAUUGGUAUUUCCACUACUUUUCGCUAUUUAAUAUCUUCUACAGCACAAUGUUUAGCUGGAAUGGUCGAAUUAAGUUCGUUGCAUGGUUUUUAAGAGAUUAUGAUUAAUAAGCUCUUAAAAACUGAAAUCUGCUUUUGAGUAAUGCAGUAAUGUUUAAUGUUGUUGUGCAUGUACAAUAAUUAAGUAAUGCUGCUGUGAAGCUGUACAUAGUGUAUGCUUUCUCUUUUUCUUCUUUUUUUUUUUUUAAAUAUAAAUGUGUUCAUUUAUUUUAACUCAGUUCAAGCUACAUUGUGAACAAGCCAAAUAACAGAUACUUGGGUAAGAAUGGAAAUAGAAGUGUGCUAGGGCCUGCUCUACUUAUUCCUAAACCAAACCAAGCAUCCAUCAUGCAUCAAAUUAAAAUGCAUUGCAGAACAAGCUGAUCUACUACAUUUGAUAUGUUGGACUUGUAGGCUUGUAGUUUUGGACUCUGUAAGGCAUUAAACCUGGCAUGACUGUAUUUUUUAUUCCCAUGACACUACAGCAACUUGUCAAUGGUUCGUGGUUUUCAGUAAUUAAAAAAAUGAGAUAUACGUGCCUUUAUUCCUGUUCUCCAUUUUGAAGUUAGUAAGAGCUUAUAAUGUCACUGAGAAAUCUUUAAGCCUUUUUUGUAAAGAUUGUCCUGUUUCAGUCAGAUUACAGGGUGCUCAAACUGGAGAAUUCUUUCAUAUAAACACUUCAGAUUAUAUCAGUGGUCCUCAAAUCUUUUCUGCCCUUCCCCACUUUAGAGCGGAAGGGGAUCCAUCACCCGAAAAAAUGGUAAUGAAAUGCUUUAAUAACCUCAUGUUAAAUAAAAGUGUAAUUGUGUUAUGUACUCUACCUAAAUAAAAACAAUUGGUGUUCUCA